CUCGUCAGUUGCAGUGCCACUCGUCCUUCGUCAACACAGCAAUCUACCCUGCGAUCGCAAUUCAGCAAAAUGGCUCAAGGAUAUUCCAUUUUCAUCGGCCUCCUGGUCAUCGUUGCGUUGAGCGCAGCGGCCUGGUUCUUGUCCCCCAAAGGCGAGAAUCAAGUUUUAUGGCGGUCAUCUCUGAUUUUGGCUAUCGUCAGCUGCUAUCUCAUGUGGCUAAUCACCUUCCUCGCCCAACUCCAUCCACUGAUUGCACCAAGACGAAGCGAUCUGCGAGAGGAAUUCCUGGGACACAGUAAUUAGAGUUGAUUGCUGGCUACGGCAAGCGCAGCUUCGGGCGUAUCGGGCAGAUUGGCGUUAGGGGUUUUACUUCAUUCACAUCAUCUUGUAUUGCUAUCGAGUUUCUCACUGGGAGUUGCCUUCUUGUCCUGCAAGCCAUCAUUAUUAGUGUACAAAGAGGUGCCGACGUGGCUUUAGACCAAUCUACCUGUUGAGGCAUCGGGAUUCAUAAAACAGGCCGGUGUUUACGCUGUUACCAUAAGAUAGCAACAUGGUAUAUGUAACGCUGGUCUGAUUAAUACAUUGAUUUGGUUGUCGAG